GAAUUUUUUUUUCUAUCAGAUUUUAAAGAAUAAAUGGCAUCAACUUUGGCUGGCAUGUCUUCGGUUGGCUCCUUGGCUGCACCUAGUGCUCGUGUGACAGAUAAGAAAUUUGCAACUUCUUUGGACAAGUUAUCAUCUUUCACUUCCAUAUCUUCAAGCUUGUUUGGUAGGAGACAAAAUGUUGCUCUACGUAGAACACCUUCACCCAGAAUAAAUGCCAUGGCGAAGGAUCUGUAUUUCAACAAGGAUGGGUCGGCUAUUAAGAAACUGCAAAGUGGUGUCAACAAGCUUGCGGAUCUUGUUGGGGUUACUCUUGGUCCGAAGGGCCGGAAUGUUGUUCUAGAGAGUAAAUAUGGCUCCCCAAAAAUUGUUAAUGAUGGGGUGACUGUGGCCAGAGAGGUCGAGUUGGAAGAUCCAGUAGAGAACAUUGGUGCUAAAUUGGUUAGACAAGCAGCUGCCAAGACCAAUGACUUGGCUGGAGAUGGGACAACAACAUCUGUUGUUCUUGCACAAGGUCUUAUCACUGAGGGUGUAAAGGUGGUAGCAGCUGGUGCAAACCCUGUUCUGAUUACUAGAGGCAUUGAGAAGACAGCAAAAGCUUUGGUUGAAGAGCUUAAGCUGAUGUCUAAAGAGGUUGAAGACAGUGAACUAGCAGAUGUGGCUGCCGUUAGUGCUGGGAACAACUAUGAAGUAGGUAGUAUGAUAGCUGAAGCCAUGAGUAAAGUGGGUCGGAAGGGUGUGGUGACUCUCGAAGAGGGUAAAAGUGCUGAGAACAGUCUUUAUGUUGUCGAAGGGAUGCAAUUUGAUCGCGGAUAUAUCUCACCUUACUUUGUCACAGAUAGUGAGAAAAUGACAGUUGAAUAUGAGAACUGCAAGUUGCUACUGGUUGACAAGAAAAUAUCAAAUGCAAGGGAUCUUAUUAACGUCCUGGAAGAUGCUAUCAGAGGUGGGUACCCAAUUGUAAUAGUUGCGGAAGAUAUUGAGCAAGAAGCAUUGGCAACUCUUGUUGUGAACAAGCUUAGAGGAGCACUGAAGAUUGCCGCUCUGAAAGCUCCUGGAUUUGGAGAAAGAAAGAGCCAGUACCUUGAUGACAUUGCGAUUCUGACUGGAGGGACUGUUAUCAGAGAGGAGGUUGGGCUUACCUUAGACCAAGCAGAUAAAGAAGUCCUGGGUCAUGCUGCUAAGGUUGUGCUCACCAAGGACUCGACAACAAUAAUUGGCGAUGGGAGCACUCAGGAAGUAGUGAAUAAACGUGUUGCCCAGAUUAGAAAUCUCAUAGAGGUUGCGGAGCAAGAUUAUGAAAAGGAAAAACUUAAUGAAAGAAUAGCAAAACUGUCUGGAGGUGUUGCUGUCAUUCAGGUUGGAGCACAAACUGAGACAGAGCUGAAAGAGAAGAAAUUGAGAGUAGAAGAUGCUCUUAAUGCAACAAAGGCAGCUGUCGAAGAAGGUAUUGUUGUUGGUGGUGGAUGCACUCUGUUGAGGCUUGCUUCAAAAGUUGAUUGCAUUAAGGAGAGCCUUGAUAAUGACGAGGAAAAGGUGAUUUUAUGUUUUAAUUUGCCUUGGAUAUAUCUACUGGCCAAAGUCUUAUAAUUUUUGGGACACCUU